ACCUACACCAGUUUCCUCCACAUUGGCUGGAGUGUGUUGCAUGCGUUUUGUAUAUGAAUUGAGUUUGGUGUUGCAUCAAUGGCGAGUUUUUCUGCAGCUCUUCUCUUGAGCUGCCUCCUGCAAACAGUGAGCAAUGGGCUGGCUGCUGCUGCCGCCGAAGAUACCCCGGAGCAGCCCCAGUGCUCGCAGCGCUGUGAUGUGUCCAAAUGCCCGAGCCCGAGCUGUUUGAAUGGUUAUGUGCACGAUGCCUGUCACUGCUGCUUGGUUUGCGCGGCCGGGGAGGGACAACGCUGCGGGCGCCCGGGCGAUGUAGGUUGCGGGGACGGCAUGCAGUGCAAGUCUCUCCUCGGCAAGCGCCUGGCGACAGGACCGGGCAUCUGCCGCUGCAAAUCCAACUACAAAGUGUGCGGCAGCGACGGCAAGACCUAUGACAACAUGUGCAAGCUCAAGUUGGACAGCAGGAGAGCCCUGCAGCUCAGACUGCCACCCAUCGUUCAAGUUCACAAGGGCGCCUGUAAACCAGGUCAUUCACAUCCCAACAGCCCGAGAUAUAAAUUUAAUUUUAUAGCUGAUGUGGUGGAGAAAAUUGCUCCUGCAGUUGUUCACAUAGAGCUAUUUUUAAGGCAUCCUCUAUUGAGGCGAAAUAUCCCAUUGUCUAGUGGCUCUGGCUUUAUAAUAUCAGAUAGUGGGCUGAUUGUGACUAAUGCUCAUGUAGUAGUGUCCAGCAACACUGUAAUGUCAGGUCAACAACAGUUAAAGGUGCAAGUACAUGAUGGAAAAAACUAUGAAGCAACAAUAAAAGACAUUGACAAGAAAUCAGACAUAGCAACGAUAAAGAUUAAUCCUAAGAAAAAGCUACCGGUACUAUCACUAGGUCAGUCUGUUGACCUCAGGCCAGGAGAAUUUGUAGUUGCUAUUGGGAGCCCUUUUGCUUUGCAAAAUACAGUAACAACUGGAAUUGUCAGCUCUGCUCAGAGGGAUGGACGAGAGCUGGGUCUCAGAGAUUCAGACAUGGACUACAUUCAGACAGAUGCUAUCAUCAAUUAUGGAAACUCUGGAGGGCCUUUGGUGAACUUGGAUGGGGAGGUUAUAGGAAUAAAUACACUGAAAGUCACCGCAGGCAUUUCCUUUGCAAUUCCAUCAGAUCGCAUUGCAACGUUUCUUACUGACUCUCGCAAUAAACACACCAAAGAUGUUACAGGUCUGAAAAAGCGUUUCAUUGGAGUGAGGAUGCUGACCAUAACUCCUGCCCUAAUUGAAGAACUGAAACAAAGAAACCCUGAUUUUCCUGAUAUAAAUGCUGGCAUUUAUGUACAUGAAGUGAUUCCAGAUUCACCAGCGUUCAGGGGCGGAAUCCAGGAUGGAGAUGUUAUCGUCAAAGUAAAUGGAGUUCCCUUAAACACAACCAAUGAUUUGCAAGAAGCUGUGAAGAAUGAGUUCCCUCUGCUGCUUGAAGUUCGCCGGGGAAACGAUGACAUACUUUUUAACAUUGAACCUGAUUUAAUUAGCAACUGAAACUCAGCCGUCGUAAUUAACCCUUUCCGGCCUGGGAUAUUCCCCGUCGCUGUUUUUCCCCAUUAACGACCAAUCAAGCUGCUGGAACAGAUGGCACAGUGGAGUAAGGCAGUUGUUUGUGAUGCUGCCUGUCACCUCUGGGCGAUACCUACCCUCCUCACAUUACAUCCCACUUGUGAGUUCCUGUUAAAAACCUGUUCAGUCUUCCCCACCCUCCCACCACCUAAUCCCAUGUUCAAAUCUUUAGCAGUUACAGCUGAUAAAUGCUAUCGUUUGCUACAAUUGGUGGGUGUAAUUUUUUUCACACUUGUCUGAAUUACGAGAGACAUAUUCCCAAAGGUUAAAGGACUGGUUUGAGUUGGUGGGAGGUUAAAGAAUUAAAGUAUAACUUAGUGUCAUUCCUGCCCCCUUCCAGUUUUCACAGAGGUCAGAUGAGGGCUGGGCUAACUCCCAGGAGGAAGGUUAACAAUUUAAAUACAAUGAAGCUGUCAGUUUCAUACCAAUCCACAAUUUCACAUUUAACUCUGACAGGCUGGAAUUUCCAGGGUGUUGAGAAAUCCGACAGCUCAAGGAAGGUGAAGAUGAUGCCCUCUAUCCCAGCCCGCCCCACCCUCUAUCCCAGCCCGCAGUCUGGUGCUGAAGGCCCUGUCUGCCUGGCAACGAAUUCAGCCUGUUAAAAUCUGGAAACUGUCAGCAGGUCAGGCUGUGUGUGUGCGCGUGUCUGUGUGUGUGUGUGUAGACAGAGAGAUAAAUAGAGUAAAUAUUUCAAGUUGUAAGCUUUCAUGAGAGCUUAAUGGCCAUUAAUCUGAAGCAUUAACUCUGGUUCUCUCUUCAGAUGCUGCCCGAUUUGCUGAGUAUUUCUAGUACUUUUUAUUUUUUUUUAUUUUGGGUUUCUAGCAUCCUUGGAGCCUCUUAAUCUGUCAGGCUGGCAGUCUGGAAAUGCAAUGAAAUACAUUAAUAAGGUCCUGUGGUUAAAUUUGGCAGUGCCUGAGGGGAAGCUCGUCUUUCAGGUUUUCCAGUCUCAAUUCAUUCAAUUUCCCGACUCACUUCUCACUUUGGAGUGAAAGUGCACCCUUGUUCGAUAUUUAUCACUGAAAUUAGGAUGGAGAGAACUGAACAUGAGAGCAGUCAUUAGCCCUCUUUCAGAUCACCCUGCCUUCUUUCCUUGUCCUUUUAUAACCUGUUCCUUUAAGCAGUAUAUCCACAGAAUGGAAGUGAGAUCCUUCUAUACCAAUACAAUUCAAACCCAGUAACACCAUCAGGCUCUGUUCAACAGGUUUGGUUGACAACGUGAAUCAGGAUGUAGUGAUGGCGACUCCCUCCAGCAAGCUUGUCAGGACAUAGAUUGUGGAUCAGAGGACACCCAGUUUGAAAAUAUUAUUUUACAUUUUUUUGGGGACUAAGAGAAGGCUUCUCUAAGCUUCGCAGUGAAGCCUUAUUCUCCUUUGCCUCCGGAUUUCCCAUCUUAAUUCCAAUCGUGAGGGACCCCCUCAUAAUUUUCUCCCUGCACCCACCCAUUCACCCUAAUCGAGACCAGCGUUCCCUGCAAUUUUUUUGUCUGCUGUGCAGGCCUCUGAGGUCUGUGUGCAGCGGUGGCUUCUGCAAGCGGAUGAUGCUGAUUGGCCUGGGUGGAAUCUCCCAGCAGCAGCCUCCCGGCUUCGAGAGAACGUUAUACCCAAACUAACCAUUACUCCACCAACAGCCAGGGUCCGUUUUCCAUAACAGUCCCUCAUCCACUGGCUUCCUGCUGCCAAAUUGCCACUCUUGUGCACUGGACACAUUAUGGAACUGACUCGAUUUAGUUUGGGCUCUGGGACAUGUAUGAAAAUGAAAGGCCUGGGCACAUUGGGUAUGCCAGCCACUUUAGGACUCCCACACACCGUACCUGCUGUCCCUUUGAAACUUGACUGUAUACCAACAACUCUUCUUCAAGAAGAAAAAUUAAAAGUUGAAUGGACUUUUUGUACAGUUAGGCUGCCAAAAAGUCUGAUUGGGCAGUUUUGAAAUAAUGGUCAUGCGCUAAACUCAUGCAGGCUGCAAAGGGUUAAAUUCUACUUCCUCAGGCAAACCAUACACUUGGAAAAUACGUUUUAUUAAAUGUUCUUUAUGAAUAUACAGCAUUUUAUACUGAAUGUACCAAGAGAGUUUUUAACAAGUUUAUACACAAAAUGCCAUUUAAAAGCAUGAAGAAUUGGUAACCGUUCAUAAAUGAACGUGUCUGUUUUUGAAUAAUAAUAGAAAUAUUACGAAUAGUGCAGGCAUAUUUUCUGAAGUGACAUGAUGUUGUAAACAGAUAA